AGCUCUUGUUCAAACCCGGCGACCCGCUCUUGGCCAUGGGUGCCCACGACGGAUCCGUCUACCUGCUUCGAGAUGAGGGGGAGACCCAAAUAAAGAGCCACCUUCGACUUUCACGGAAGAACACUGACGAAACGGGCGACAUCGCAUGGGGUACGGGUCGCUGUCGGACAAGCUGUUCGCUUCGUCCAUGACGAAGGCGGAGAAGGCAUACGCCGGUACGCACAAGGUGUUCGACGUCACCACCGCGCGUGUGGUAUGCACCAUGGAGAUCCAGGAAGCCGGGGACUCCAUCGCCGUGCACCCAGCAGGUACGUCAGCUAACCUCGUAGUGCCUCCCUCUCCUGACGCCUCGUGCACGGCAGGCACCUUCGUGGCCAUUGCGACCAAACCCGCCAAGCGCGCACACACGCUCUACCUGUUCGACGGCCAGCGCCUCAACACACGGCCUGCGCACACGCUCCAGCUGGACACCUUCCAGCAGAGCGUGACGUCGAUGAAAUUCAGCCCGGACGGCGUGUACCUCGCGCUCGCGCGGGACGACAACACGACGGACGUGUACGACGCGCGGUUCCUGGGCCGCGGGAAGCUGCACGCGUUCACGCACGACCCGGGCAACGUGCUCGCGUACACGAAGGACGUGUACGGCGUCGUGGAGGCGCAGUGGGUAGAGGGACACCCGGCAGGCUUGGGGCUCGUCACCGGCGGCUCUGACGGCUGCGUUCGACUGUGGGACGUCCGGCUGGCUGAUAACGAUCCGAACAACGGCCUGCCUAUUGCGCGGUGCGAACACGAUUUGGGGCACUUCUCCCUCGGAGACGUCUCUGCGAAUGAGAUGCCUCUUGUGACAGGGGAGAUGUCAGGCAAGGUCACCAUCUUCGACCGCCCAGGGAGACCCUCAUAAUCGAGAGACGUGCGCGUCGACGUCGUCCGGUGUCUUGUAUCAUUUGUAUCUCGAGGAAGGAGCGGUUUCGUGGUCAUACC